AUGAGGCCCCAGCAAAAUGGUGAUGAUGGCUUUGAUGAGCCCGAGGUGCACCGUAAAAUUUUUAUUGGGGGUCUGAACUACAGAACUACUGAUGAAUCUUUGAAGUCCCAUUUUGAGAAAUGGGGAGAAAUUGUGGAUGUCGUAGUAAUGAAAGAUCCUAAGACGAAGAGGUCACGGGGAUUCGGUUUUAUCACGUAUUCCAAGGCGCACAUGGUGGACGAUGCGCAAAACAACAGGCCGCAUCGAAUCGAUGGCCGUGUCGUCGAAACUAAACGUGCUGUGGCACGACAAGAUAUCAAAAACCCUGAGGCAGGUGCCACUGUAAAAAAAUUAUUUAUUGGUGGUAUCAAAGACGACCAUGAUGAGGAACAACUUAGGGAGUAUUUUGCUAACUACGGAACAGUACAGAAUGUCAGUAUUGUUACUGACAAAGGUACUGGCAAGAAACGUGGUUUCGGUUUCGUUGAAUUUGAUGACUAUGAUCCAGUUGAUAAAGUUUGCUUGAAUGGUCCUCAUAAAAUCAAUGGAAAACAGUUGGAUGUAAAAAAAGCCCUUCCUAAGGAUGGUGCUGAACAAAGAGGAGGAGGAGGCGGUGGAAGACAAGGACAGGGCAGGAAUGAUAGCUGGGGUAAUGGUGGUGGCUAUGGCAGCAAUCAGGGAGGGUGGAACAAUUCUAAUCCUUGGGAUAACAACCAAGGAGGUUGGGGUGGCAGUCAAGGCGGUGGCUAUGGAGGUGGUGGCAAUGGCCGUGGGGGUUGGGCAACAGCUAUGGUGGCGGUCAAGGUGGACGAGGAGGGAGGUUCUAAAUGUUACGUGCUAAGUACACUAGUAAAGCAGUGUUUACCGUGCUAG